AUGAGAGCUCGAUCUGUCCGCGCGUCCGGGCUGCUGCUCUCGCCUCGAGCUGUGCCGUCGACCUCGAUAUGCUCCCAAUGCCUGCAGGAUGAGCUCCUGUGCAGCCUGAAGCCCUUCAAUUCACGAAAAUACCAUCCGAGCCGUCGAAAAAAUGUGUCUCCCAUCGGCGCGGCCGUCUCUGCCGCGCAGACCCUGUUCUCCAAGAGCCUCCCCAAACCUCCAUCUGGCAUCUCGGUCGAUCCAUUGCGUAUCGUCGGAAAGGAACUGAAGUUCUUGACGAAGAAUAUACGAAAGCUGCUGGGAUCAGGACAUCCGAUGCUGGAUAAGGUCGCCAAGUACUAUACCUGGAGCGAGGGCAAGCAUGUGCGUCCGCUGCUGGUCCUGCUCAUGUCGCGGGCCACGGCGCUGGCUCCGAGAAACCCGCACCCACCGCCAUCAACUUCAUCGUCGUACAUCAGUGAUCCUAUCAGCUCACCACUGGUGCUCGCGGAUACAAAUCCAGACAUCAGCCCCCUGACUGCACCAUCCGUGGACUCCGAGUUACCGGACGACGACGGGAUUCUGCCCACCCAGCGACGGCUGGCGGAGAUAACGGAGCUCAUUCACACGGCGUCCCUUCUCCACGACGAUGUCAUUGACAAUGCGGUCACCCGUCGGUCGGCAACCUCAGCGAACCUGCAGUUCGGAAACAAAAUGGCCGUGUUGGCGGGCGAUUUCCUCCUUGGACGGGCCUCUGUCGCCCUGGCGCGUCUGAGAAAUCCCGAAGUGACGGAGCUGCUGGCGACUGUGAUUGCCAAUCUGGUUGAGGGCGAGUUUAUGCAGCUGAAAAACACUGCGUCGGAUGACCCUAACCCGGUCUUCACGGAAGACACGAUCACGUAUUAUCUGCAGAAGACCUACCUCAAGUCGGCCAGUCUGAUCAGUAAAUCGUGCCGGGCCGCUGCACUGCUGGGCAACAGCGCCCCAGAAAUCGUGGAGGCCGCCUACUCUUAUGGUCGCAACUUGGGCCUUGCGUUCCAGCUGGUCGACGACAUGCUCGACUACACCGUCAGCGCCAAUGAGUUGGGCAAGCCUGCGGGUGCCGAUUUGGAGCUGGGUCUUGCGACGGCCCCGUUGUUGUUUGCAUGGAAGAACAAUGCCGAAUUGGGGGCUCUGGUUGGGAGAAAGUUCUCACAUCCAGGGGAUGUGGAGAGGGCCCGUGAAAUUGUUGCCAAGAGUGAUGGCCUUGAGCAGACCCGGGCUCUUGCCCAGGACUUUGCGGACAAGGCAGUCGCAGCGAUCAAAGAUUUCCCUGAAAGCGAGGCCAAGGACGGUCUGAUCGAGAUGUGUGAAAAGACGAUGAAGCGACGGAAGUAA